CUAGAAUCUCAGACCACUAACGUGUCAACCUCAGCUCCCUGUCAGCUUCUCCAAAGAGCCCAAACCAGGAAGAGUCCUCAGAGAUGAAGGGAAAAGAACACUCUGGAUGGAGAAGGAGCCAAGAAGGAGUGGUGCAGAGGCCUGGAGGAGGAAUCAAGAGUCAAUCAAAGAGUCAGGAAGUCUGGAAACAUGAAGGACUUCAUCCAAGUGCACAGGAACCAGCAGGAGUUUCCCAGAGUCCCCUCUUUGGGGAGGGUUACAGGCCACUACGUAAGGAGCAUUCAGAUGCUUCUUUUUGUACCUGCAGUUUGGGUACUUCCCUGAGCCUUCUGAUGUGAAAAAAAGGUAUUAUCCCAUCUCCCAGCAGAGGAAACAAACUCGGUGGGUCAUCCAGUAUGAAGUCCUGAACUGAACAUACUGCUCAAUUCUGCAAUCCUGCGUGCACAGCAAAGAGUGACGGGCCAGGGACAACUGGGAGCAUUUCUCACUCACAAGCUGGUUGGAGUUCUUAUUUGGCAAGUGUUGCAGCUCACAGACUGGGAGGAAUGGUACCAGCUGUGAUCCAGCUUCUUUUCCUCCAGCUUGUUCUAGGGCCCACUCUAGUCAUGACCAUCCAGCAGGAGGCUGCUGUUCAGAACUUCCGCACCUUAAACAUGGACUAUCCCAAGGUGAACUUCCCAGGUGAUUUCGAGGGCUACUGUAAUGGUUUUAUGUCCUAUGUGCGGGGCAGAAAGCAACACUGGUAUUGCCCUACGAUACAUUAUGUGAUACAUGCCCCCUGGAAAACCAUCUGGAAGUCCUGCAAGAACAGUGAGAGCUUCUGUGAGAACUACAACGAAUACUGCACACUCACCAAGGUGUCCUUCCCCCUCACCAUCUGCAAACUGUAUAAGAAUCAGCCACCCACCAGCUGCCACUACUCAAGCACUGAAACCAACGGAAAGAUCUACCUGCUCUGCUCCAGCAAGUAUGAAGGCCAACCGAUAGAUAUCCUUGGGCUCUAUAAGGGAAUUUAUAAGUGACAAUUUCUCCCCUUCCCAAACCUACCUGGUGGGUAUCUCUAGCUAUAGGAACCUCCCUGAGACCUUUAGACCCACUUUAGCCUCAUUUCCCUUCAGUCCUCCUCAGUCUCUGUUCUGCACCUCUCUCUGAAACCAUUGAUAUUUCCCUUCACCUAACCUGUCCUUUCCUUUCUCCUCUUCAUGAGCCCAGAGCUAUCUCUCCCAGCACUCCAGUUAGUCACCCUGCCUUCUUUCUUCCAGUUUGCUCAUCUAGGCCCCCUGGGAUUUCAAGUUAUCUUCUCUCAUGCAUUCCUCCUGAGGUUUCUGCAUUCCUUUAUUUCCAGUAGCUUCUAACAUUGUCCAAACUCCAGGGUCUGCUGCUAAUAAGGCAUGAGGUAGAUGAGCUGGAUCUGGUUCUGGCCAUGUAAAAUUUUUUUUUUU